GCGAGAGUUGACUGAAGACGGAUUUGCGACCACAGUACACAGCCAAGUGCUGCCAAACACUUGACGACUGGAUAGAAAGGGAAAGUGCGACCUAAGGAAAGUGGUGGUCGCACCACAUGUAAAGUCAACAACCGCAACUAAACAACCACGAGCAAGACGACAAUAUGCCGCGAGUAUCGAGACAAUCCACGGGAGGGCCGAGCAGGCAGGCGGUGGUGAUGAACAUGGCGCGCGAGAAAAACAAAAGUUCACCCAUGAAAUUGGCAUUGAACGACGAUCGAGGCGAAAAAGCCGCACGCUUACAAUCGCGACAAGCCCUCCAAGAAAUUCACAUGAAUGAGAUCCGCGCCGCAGCGAGUCCUGUCCGCAAAUUGAAUCCGCGACGAGACACGAACAGCCGAGCCAUGUCGGAGUCGCCGCGCACGCCGCGCACCUCGGACGCGAACCUGCGCAAGAAGAUUGCUGCUCAACGCAGACAGAGUCAGAUCCAGAAUGCGAACAACAACAGUCCCGGUGGAAGCACGGUGACGCCUAUGAAGCGGGUGCCCAUUCUGGCGAACUUUGAAGAAUGGAUGAAGAUGGCGACGGAUAAUAAAAUCAAUGCGGCGAAUUCGUGGAACUUUGCGCUGAUUGACUACUUUCACGACAUGAGUUUGCUAAAAGAAGGGGAUGGAGUGAAUUUCCAGAAAGCCAGUUGUACACUUGAUGGGUGUGUCAAGAUCUACACAAGCAGAGUCGAUUCCGUAGCUACAGAGACGGGGAGACUACUGAGUGGCUUGGCGGAUGGCGCUGAAGGGAACAAAAAGAAAGCCAAGGACGGAGAAGAUGAGGAGGACGAAGACGGUGAAGAGGGUGAGGAUGGGGAGGACGGCGAGGGCAAGAAAAAGAAGAAAAAGCCUGCGCGGAGCCAUGAAGCUACUCUGGCGCCUGGCUUUGCUUCGUUCCAAGGGAAGAAGCUGGAGUUGGAGUUUGCGGUUGACCCACUGUUCAAGAAGGCUUCGGCGGAUUUUGAUGAGGGAGGGGCUAAGGGUCUCUUGCUAAAUCAUUUGUCGAUUGACUCUGACGGACGAAUUGUGUUUGAUAGCAGUGAUGAUGCUGGUGAUGCGGCGCUUGCUGCUGAGAAGAGCCAUCAAGAAGGCGACGAUACAGAGUUGCAGCGCACAACUGCCGAGGCUGAAGAACAACAAGAAGAACAGGAAGCUGCGGAAGCAGAGCAAGAGCAGGAUGAAGAGAUCGACCUUGGAGCUCUAGCGGCCAAAUUCUUUCCAGACAUGAGCAUGUUGGACAACCAGGAUAUUUGCCCUUCGAUGAAGUCCUUCACCCUGGGCGAUCCAUCUGGAGAUCUCAACAUUCCUUUUCUCAAGGCUCCGGAUGACUGGCGCGAGCAGAAGAAAGGAGCUGCCACACCUCAACCUCCCUCGGCAGAUGCGAAUCUCAAUCUAUCGGAUCAGACCGGGAUAUUCCUGGAUGGAAGCAAUGCCAUGGGUUUCGACGAUGACGAUGACGAUGGGGGUCUACUCGGCGGUUUUGAUGUGGCCGACAAUGUCGGCUUUGGCGAGGGAGGCGAAGCCUGGGCCAAAGACGCUGCGAUCGAGGCACAGACGCGGGUCGCCAGGGCAGAAGACGUUGACGACAAUCUGAUCGAGGGCAACAAUGCAGAUGGGUACGCCUUGUCGCUACAACACAAGUACCAAGAAGACGCGGAGCACGAGUCGAUCAUGGCUUAUUUCGACAAGGCAUUCAAUUCCCGAGCCAAGGGCAAAACGGCGUUCAUGACGCUGGAAAAUUGGCGCAUGCAGAAGAUCCAGAGGGCUCAACAGGCUGAGACAAGUGCGCCGACACGACAGAAGAAGGAGAAGGAGCCAUUUGAGAUUGACUUCCUGGGUCCCAUGUCCGAGUCCUUGCAGGAUUUGCUAGAAGCUCCAGCCGUACUUAACUCGCAGAUCAGCUUGCCCAAGGCGCAGUGGAAGACGAAAGGGCGGAACCUGCUGGACAAGGACGAUGAGGUUGUUGACCCGAGAAAACUCAUGAGGUUGUGGACUAAGCCCAAGUGUCGCGUUGGUCGGCGUAAGGGCAAACUCGGUGUUAUCGACGAAGGGUUUGGAGCGAGAAAUCGUAUCGGCACGGCGGAUGCCCCUACUGAGGAUGAAGAGGACGAAGGCAGAAAAGGCGACUACGAUGCCGACUUCUUCGCGGAUGAUGAUCAGAUGCCGUUCUUUGACGGGCCGUUGCCAAUUGACGACGAUGAUGACGACGGAUUUGCAGAUGGUGGAGGCGACGAAGGGCAGGCGUUCAUGGAUGCAAGAGAGAUGUUGAGUCCGCAGCCUGAAGGGCAGCCAGCGGAUCUGCUUGGGCCGAUGAUUGAUGGUCCAGAAGAUGGCGUUGACGGCGCGUCUCAAGAACAGCCGCUUCAGCCCGAAGUCAAGAACGAGAUGGAGUUGCUUCCGGGAAGUUUUGGCAGUCAACUUGUCACGCAGGCUGGGCGGCGUUUAAGGCCUGAGUAUGUCAACUAUGCGAGGACGGCGAAGAAGGUCGAUGUGAGGAGGUUGAAGGAGAAUUUGUGGAAGGGCAUGAGCGGGAGAUUGGAGCGGAUUGCCGUCUUUGAGAGGCCACCGUCUUCAGCGCCACCAGCGCCAGUCACUGAGGGUGAAGAUGUGGAUAUGAUGGACGUUGAUGGGCCUCAAGGUGGCGAGCAGCAGGAGCAAACCCAACAACAACUGGCUGAGCAGGAUGGUGCUAGUACUGGUACUGAAGUGCUCAAGUUCACGGACCUCAUCCAGGACCUGCGCACGGUGUAUCCGGAGCAGCAGAUGCGCGAUAUCAGUACCAGUUACUGCUUUAUUUGUCUUUUGCAUCUUGCGAACGAGAAAGCGUUGGUGCUUGAAGGUGACUGUGACGGGUCAGGACAAGGGGAGAUGCAGGAGAUUCUUGUGAGUAAGGACAAGAGUGUGGGAGAUGGGUAUGAAGGAGAGUGAUGACCAUCAGCAAUCGAGCUUUGGAGUUGAUACUGAGCGAAGAGUGGCAUGGGAUGAAUAGUUUUUCUAACGAUGUUCUUGAAAUGAAGAGUUGGUUGAUUGACUCUGAAGCUGUAUUGGCUCGAUCCCGGCGUGUUUUCCAAGCGAGAUAAAACUGUACGGCAAUGUUGAUACUCG